CCAGGACACGCCUGCUGCUGCUGUCCCUUUAAGAUGAGGCAGUGAGAGGAGCUGGAGCAGCAGAGAGCUCAGUACCUGAGAGGAUCUCACAGAGAGCAGCCAGAGAGGCUCCAAGAAAGUCUCUGCUCGUCCCUCUGACUGCCCCUUGGUCGACUUCACAUCCGCCGACCAGAUCGCACCAACUUUCGUCGCUGAGGUCUGAUCGCAAACGUCUCGGCUCCUGACUUCCUCUCUGUAGUCGGCGCGAGACGAUUCGACAAUACAAACCAAGCAGUCCAGCCUGUGGUGCGGAGCGGCGGCGGUAGGCAUGAUCCUCCUGCUGACUGGGAUUAUUUGUUUACUGGUUUUUGCUACUAGUAAUACUAUAAAGAACCAGGAGAAGACUGGGGAGCGCUUUGUGUGCACUGCCCUCCCCCCUGAUGCCACCCCAGGGUGCCCCAUGCCAGGCUUCACCGGGUCCCCAGAAGAGGAGCUGAGAACUACUGUCAUUCAGCUCCGGGAAACCGUCCUGCAACAGAAGGAGACCAUAGGCAACCAAAAGGAAACCAUCAGGGAGCUGACUGCCAAGUUAACCCGCUGCGAGAGCCUGGCAGAGGAUGGCAAGCAUGGCUCCUGGAAAAAACUAUCCGGCAAAGCGGGAGGAAAAGACACCAUGGGGGAUCUGCCCCGGGACCCCGGUCAGGUCAUCGACCAGCUGGGCCGCACCAUGCAGACUCUGAAGGACAGGCUGGAGAACCUGGAGUAUCAGUUGCGAUCCAAUGUGUCGUAUUCGGCUCUGCCGAGUGACCUCCGAGAGAUGCUCCAGAGGAGGCUGGGGGACCUGGAGCAUCAGCUUUUAAACAAAGUGGCAGAACUUGAAGAUGAAAAGUCGUUGCUUCAUAAUGAGAGCGCAGCGCACAGGCACAGGACCGAGUCCGCGCUCUCUGCUCUCCUGGAAAGAGUCAGCGAGCUGGAGAAAGGGAGCAGCGCAUUCAAAUCACCAGAUGACUUCAAGGUUUCCCUCCCGCUUCGUACUAAUUAUCUGUACGGGAAGAUAAAAAAGACUUUGCCUGAGCUAUUUGCUUUCACGAUCUGCAUGUGGCUGAAGUCCAGUGCUUCACCGGGCAUCGGGACCCCAUUCUCCUAUGCUGUACAAGGCCAAGCCAAUGAGAUAGUGCUGAUUGAGUGGGGGAAUCAUCCUAUUGAACUACUGAUUAAUGACAAGGUGGCCCAGCUCCCCUUUUCCAUUGGUGAUGGAAAAUGGCACCAUGUUUGCAUCACAUGGACGACCAGGGAUGGAAUGUGGGAAGCGUAUCUGGAUGGCAUCAAACUGGGCUCAGGGGAAAACCUGGCCCCCUGGCACCCAAUUAAACCAAAUGGAAUUCUUAUUCUGGGCCAGGAGCAGGACACUGUUGGAGGAAGAUUUGAUGCCACUCAAGCUUUUGUCGGAGAACUGAGCCAGUUUAAUAUCUGGGACCGUGUCCUAAAAUUAGAAGACAUCGUCAACAUAGCCAACUGUUCCACCAACAUGCCAGGAAACAUUAUACCGUGGGCCGAUAACAAUGUCGAUGUAUUUGGGGGUGCGACAAAAUUACCCCUGGAGCCAUGCGAAGAACGUCUGAUGGAUUUAUAGCCAAGACACAAUUCCCUUAAGUGCUCUACUCUACGGAGACAAUCUCGAAUGAGGUUACUUGUCCUACAAUGCACUUAUUUGCUCAGAUGAUUUUUUUAAUCCCUUGACAAAACUAUUGUAUCUGAUGUGAAAUUUAGCUCACAGGUGCCACCAUGGUGUCAGCUUUCCGUGCAUAAAUCCAGAGUAUCAUGUCGGCAGCACUUCUGUGGGGAAGUCACAUUUUACUGCUUCCUUAUCGUAGCCAUAAAUCUUCUCAGAUGUAGCUUCCUCUCACUUCAAAUACCUUAACUAUAGACAUAUUUUCAAUAUGGGUGCACCGAAAACAGAUCUCUGGUUGAAGUGGUUUAACACUGAUGACCAACGCUUAGGAUGAGUCUGAUGGGGGUCUGACUCCUGGUAUUCUUGCUUAUCAGAUGCUUGAUGGGGCUGCGGUGCCCGGGCGAGGGCUGCGGCCUCUUCAUUGUUAACCAGCACAGUGCCACACAUUAUGUAGUGGUUGUGUAUGGUACUGCAACUCCUUCCCAUUUUAGGACACAGCCACUACACAAUAUACGACACAGCGGCAAUCAGUCGUCAGACCCCCACCAUUGUGAUAUUGAUGGUCUAUCCUAAGAGUAGGCCAUCAAAAUAAAGUCCCAGAAGGGGAUUUUGUUAUAACACCUUAUGACUGAGACUAUGAACAGUUGUAAGUGGAGGGAUCACACAUGGAUGAAGCUAGGCCAUCUUUAAUUCUGCCACUGGGCACCCUCCAUAGUAUAUACCCCUCUUUGGUUGGGGACUUUUGGCCAAGGUGUAGUUUGCAAAUUGUCCAAAUAUUUGCAGAGAUCAAUCUUACUAGUGAUGUGGACAUAACUAGUUCUAAAAGGAUAAAUCUAUGAAAUGACAAUAGCGUUAAAGAGGACCCGUCCCCUCCCCUGACUUGUCUGUUUUAGUAACUUUUUGCUUCCCUCAUGUAUUCUUUUGUCUCUAUGUUGUGCCAUUCUUUUAUUAUUCCUGCUAGAAGUUAUGAAUGAAUUAGCAGUUUGCUACAAAGGUCCGGAUGGGUGUUAUCAGUUGGGAGUGUGUCCUUGCGCAGUCUGAUAUUGUCCAAUCAGUAUUGCCAGUGUCAGACCGUACACGGACACCCCCCAACUGGUAACAGCCAUCUGGACCUCCAUUGUAAAUUGCUAGUAAUUCGGCAGAAAUAAUAAAGGAAUGGUACAACAUAGAGUCAUAUGAAUAGAUGCUCCAGAAUUAUUACAUGGGGAAUGCAUGAAGCUAUUAAAACAGACGAGACAGGAGAGCUGACGGCUCCUAUUUAGCAGAUAUUUUAUGCAAACUAGUUAUGUCUCGAGCUUCAGUAAAAUUGCAAAAUGUAGCACUUGCAAAAUGCAGUUGCUAUAUAGUUAUUAUAAGAAAUAAAUAUUAUAAUAAUGUGCAGCAGUUUAAUUACUGUAGAAUGCCCCAUAUAUUGCGGCAUCAUAUUUCUCUAUUCUGCCUCUGGAUAUAUUCACGAUAGCGCUGUUUUAACCCCUGUAUAAAUCACCUUUAUUGAUCCCAGAAUCAACCAGAACAAGACAUUUUGAUAACAUAUAUAUUACAUAUACAUAUAUAUUUAUUCAACUUUCAUUUGCUCCAAAUGAUGUAAAUAAACUAUUUGGAGAUGGACGAAAGACAAAUUUAUACUAAUUUAUACUGACUAUUUUUUUGCCAGAGCUGCUAUGGAAAUAAUAUGUAUAAAAUAUUAUUAAUGCACAAAUGUAAUAAAUUUUUAUGUUAUUAUAAUACAAUAUAUAUAUAUAAAAUCUAAAUCUAAUUAAAUAGCCUAAUGGAGAACGUAAAAUAAACCAAUCAAAUAUUGGCUCACAUUAGUCCAAGGCCGAUCAGAGCCAAUAAGCCAGUAUCUGAUUGGCUGCUCAUUAAUAACAUUACAGGCGUUGUCUGAGAUUAGAAAAAUGAGUUUCCCUUUGUCCCUCUGAAACAGCAUCACUCUAUAAAUUAAUUAAUAGUCGUUAGCUAUGAAGGUCUAGAUGGGUGUCACCAGUUGGGGUUGUGUCCCUGCACAGUCUGACAUUGUCCAAUCAGGGCUCCAGUCUCAGAUUGUGCAGGGACACCCCCACCCAAACUCGUAACACCCAUUUGGACCUUCAUUGUAAACUGCUAGUAAUUCAGCAGGAUGUGAUAGUGGAUCCUGUAUUCUGAUCUCAUGCACGUCCUGUAAUGGCUGCUUGUUUUCUGCUAAUGAGCAAUAAAUUGCAUUAUUUUAAUUUGUAAUGUUUUCCUAUGACCAAGUUUAAUGUCACAUCAAUCAGACAGGCCGUAAAACUAAUGAUGGGGUCAAACAG